AUGCGACUACUCCAGCCACUAGCUCUUCUGGCCAUUGCUGACCUGGUCAAUGGCCAAAGGGUCGAUCUCAGCAAUUGUCCUCUGUUGGGGCCAGCUUAUCCUCAUCCAAACCUCCAUAAAUCGCAGGUGAUUAAAGACACUAAAGAAUCGUUUGCAAAACUCAUCGAGAAUGCCAUCUUCACUGGCGAAACCGAACUGGGCAAGAUCAAUACCGCAACUGCCUCAUUCUCCAUUGGCGUAUUCUCCGCAGACUCGGACAAGUUCAUUUACGAGCAUCAUCAUCGGGGCACUCAGCUCGAAGGGACGCUUACCGGAGGCUCGCUGAAUGCGAAUACGCUAUAUCGCAUCGGAAGCGUCACGAAACUGCUGACUGUGUACAUGAUCCUCAUCAAGCUGGGCCCGACAUACUGGAACGAGCCGAUCACCAAGUUCAUUCCGGAACUCGCGGACGCGCCGGCAGGAAACCGGGCGCACCGAGUGCAAUGGUCCGAAGUGACUUUGGGGGCUUUGGCUAGCCACAUGAGUGGCCUUCCACGCAAUAAUCACUUUAUCGACCUCUCCGGUAUCCCUGGUGUCGAGGACAUGGGACUUCCCCGCCUGAACGACUCUGAUGUCAUCAAGUGCGGUCUGCCUGAGAUGCGGCCCUGUACGAGAGAAGAAGUAAUUCGUUCCAUGCUGGAGCAGUAUCCCGCGAGCGCGACUUGGCAUACUCCAGUGUAUAGCAAUGAGGCCUUCCAGCUUAUCGGGUGGGCGUUCGAGAACAUCACAGGCGGCCCUAUGGAACAUGCCUUCAAGACCAGCAUCUUGGAGCCUUUGGGUCUGUCUCGGUCCUUUUGGAACCCACCCAAAGACGACCCCAACGCCAACAUCGUUGAUCUCGACCCGUCGGCAUUGAAUUCAUUGAUAGACUAUCCUUUUGAAGAGGGAUUGGCCACAUAUACACCGACUGGCGGCGUCUAUUCUUGCUUGGGCGAUCUCUCCGCUAUCGGCCGCUCCAUUCUCACCUCCUCACUCCUACGAAAAUCAGUGACUCGCGAGUGGCUCCAACCGGUGACGCAUACCCAGCACACCCACAGCGCCAUCGGACGACCAUGGGAAAUCACCCGGAUGAACGUUGCAGCAGCCCCCGGGUCCAAGCACACCCGGCUCGUGGACCUGUACACCAAGAAUGGCGGUAUUGGGGCCUACCUGACCUACCUCAUCCUCUCACCCGAUCACAACAUUGGGUUCACCCUCAUGGCCGCCUCUCAGAACGCCUUCGGCGUGGGCGACACGGACUCCACCUUUGACAUCCUCAGCGAGCUGCUCCUGGAAAAGUGGAUCCCCGCCGCCGAGGCCGCGGGCCGGGAGGCGGUGGGUGAGGACCUGGCUGGCACUUAUGUGUCCGACGACGGAUCGGACUCCCGGGCCGAGCUGGCGCUCGAACCCGGCAGACUCGGCCUAACGCUCCAGACUUUUGUGCACAACGGCACAGACUUUUUUUCAACGGUGGGUGGUAAUUUUGGUUUCCAGGGGGCCGAUCUACAGUUCAUGGGACUCCGAGACGAUGGGGAGGUUGCGUUCCGGGCCGUGUUCUCGAGUCCCGAUGCCAAAGCUCCGAAACGGGAGCCUAUACUGGGCAAGAAGUGCGGGUCGACCUGGGGAGGUGCUGGGUGGCUCACCUACGGCGACAUUGGCAUUGAUGAGGUCGUUUUCACCGUGGGUGAAGAUGGAAAGGCAACCAGUGUGAGUUUCCCGGCGUUGCGCGUCAGAUUGGUCAGAAAAUCGGGCAACAACACAGUGAAUAGAGUAGAAAGGGAGGGAAUCUCUGAAGAAUUAUGA